ACAAUACAAAUAAAAAACACAUACGAUAAAAGAAAAGACCAGCCAUCAAGCAAACUAUAUAUAAACCCAACUCAUGCAGCAAAAGAAAUUAUACUCUAAGAUUGCAUAAAGGCAGCCAAUAAUGGCAAGUGGUGGUGAAGUUGUAAGCAACAAGCAAGUCCUAUUCAAGAACUUCGUUGAAGGGUUUCCAAAAGAAUCAGACAUGGUGGUGAAAACUAGUUCCAUAUCAUUGAAAGUGGAAGGUUCAAAUGCUGUUGUUGUCAAGAAUCUUUACUUGUCUUGUGACCCUCGGAUGAGAUUCAGAAUGAACAGUAAAUAUCCUCACUACGUGUCUUUCAAGCCUGGUUCUCCACUGGAAGGGUUUGGAGUGGCUAAAGUUGUGGACUCAGGGCAUCCAGAAUUUAAGAAAGGGGACCUGGUUUGGGGAACUGUUGGAUGGGAAGAAUACAGUUUGAUUAAGAAUCCUGGAGAAAGCCUCUUCAAAAUCCAGCACACUGAUGUUCCCUUGUCCUACUAUACUGGAAUUCUCGGUAUGCCUGGCCUUACUGCUUGGGCAGGCUUCUAUGAAGUUUGUGCUCCUAAGAAAGGAGAAUAUGUCUACAUAUCAGCGGCAUCAGGUGCAGUUGGUCAGCUUGUUGGGCAAUUUGCAAAAUUAAUGGGUUGCUAUGUUGUUGGAAGUGCUGGAAGUAAAGAAAAGGUUGAAAUUUUGAAGAACAAGUUGGGAUUUGAUGAUGCAUUCAACUAUAAAGAGGAGCAUGACUUGGAUGCAGCUUUGAAAAGGCACUUUCCUGAGGGGAUUGACAUUUACUUCGAAAAUGUUGGGGGAAAAAUGUUGGAUGCAGUGCUUCUGAACAUGAGACUUCAUGGUCGAAUUGUAGUUUGUGGAAUGAUCUCACAAUACAAUGUGAAUCAACCCGAAGGUGUACAUAAUUUGAUGAACAUUGCUUAUAAGAGGGUUCAUAUGAUGGGACUCAUAGUCUUUGAUUACUUUCCUCAGUAUUCCGAGUUUCUGGAGGCUGUGCUGCCUUUGAUCCGAGAAGGGAAGAUUGUUUAUCUUGAAGACAUUGCAGAAGGUCUUGAAAAUGCUCCUGCUGCUCUUGUAGGCCUAUUCAGUGGACGCAAUGUUGGAAAACAAGUAGUUGUAGUUGCUCGGGAAUGAUCCUGCAGUUUCUUUAUCUUGUGUGAAUUGCCACUUCUGUACUGAAUUGUGUUUUAAAUAAUAAAAUAAUUGGAAUAACAACAUCAAAUUGUAUCGAAUUAACACUUAUUUUUAUUGUAAGGACUGAAGUUUGUUUUUUCUAGGAAUGAAACAUUUAUAUCUUUUUAUUGAAGGGAUUAAAUUUUCUGA